AUGGGCGGGGGUCGUAGCACAGGCUACGACUGGGACGCUGGUCCCUGGCUCGCGGAGCCCCGUCAUCGAUUGGAAGCAUGGAUCAACGACGUCGCCAUGCACGUGUGCAGCGCGUUCAACCUGCGGGUGCGCGAGAUGGACUGGCCCCUGUGCCGCCUGGCCCUGUUCCUGGACCCGCGGUACCGCGGGCUGAUCGACCCGAAGGCCUCCGUGAAGCCACUGUUCAAGCAGGCCAUCGAAAUCUCUAAGCGCCACGGCCACGGCCAGCAGAGCAACGACCGCCUGGUGUCCCAGCUGGUUGUGUACAACGCACGUCAGGAGCCGUUCGACCUGCCCCCCAACGGCAGCUCCUUCGAUGACCUCCGCCUGUGGUGGCUUUCGAUGCUGCCCCUGCCCUCCGCGGACAUGAUCGCCCAGGUUGCCCUGACCAUCCUGGACAUUGUCCCGCAUGCGGCCAGCAUGGAGCGCACAUUCAGCAUCAUGGGCUGGUUCCAGGACAAGCGGUCCAACAGGUUCAAGGACGAGACCGUCAAGAAGAUGACCACGAUCAAGACGUGGUAUGACAGCCAGGCCAGCGACAAGUCCGCCAACAACGCGAAGGCGUCGGCCUUGGAGGUCCCCACCAUCUCCAACCUCGACAUCAAGGAGCCGGUCACCCCUGGCCAGCCCGCUGCCAACCCCCAGACCGUGAACGUGGGUCCGGGCUCAUCCGCCACUCAACCGGGUCAGGGCCUGGAGCCGCAGGCCGCAGCUAACAGGCGAGUUACCAGGACGGCAGUCAAGGCGGCAGGCCAGCCAGCACCUCCGGCGACUGGCGGCUCGGAGAUCAACGCUGACUUCUGGGACGGCGAGGAUGAGUCUGCCACCGCAGAGGACGUGAUUGCGCACCUCGGUGCCAUUGGCCAGGCGGUUCAGGCGGACAUGGCGGCGGAGGUGCAGCUGCUCCGCAACCAGGGCAGCAUGUUCUCGGCCCUGAUGAUGGAGGCCAUCUAUGGCAUCGAUGAGUCCCUCGACCCGCUCGCGCCAACACAGCUGCCAGCGCCCCCCUCGCGCGGCUUGCAUGUGUGUAUGCCAGUAUUAGAUGUUUGA